AUGAUGGCAGGACCUAGUAAUGACAAGUGCAGCAGGUCAGUGGUUUGCAAUGAUGACCCUCCGCCUCUGAGUAUUACACUGAAGGAGCUUAGAGAUUUUCCAAAGAAGGUGAAACAUUGGGACGUGGACUAUUCUCCAGUUGACUUUCUGCUCUUGACUGCGGAGGAUUGCGAGUUCUUGGCUUGUCAUCAUUACUUGCGAGAUUCCUUUAGAAGCUAUGAGAAAUCCAUUGGAUAUGUGUACUUUGGAAAGAUGGGUGACGAUGAAGAGGAGUCACUGAAAGUUGCUUUAGUGAAGUUUUCUAUAGAAUCCUUGGAUCCUGGAGGUUCUCAAACUUCUGCUAAGAAUGCCAUCACACUCCUGAGACCUAAGGCUACCUUUUUGGUUGGUUUCUGCUACAGUUUGAAUCCUGACAAAGCCCAGCUAGGAGAUGUGGUGAUAUCCUCACAGCUCACAAUAGAUCAUUACAAAACCCCAGUGAGUAGGGAUGUUGGUAACCUUGUCAAAAGUGCAGCUGAUGGAUGGAAGGCACCAUUACAAAACCCAGAAGCGCAAAAGGUCAAAGUACAUUGGGAUGGAGAGAUUUUGAGUUGCUCUGAUUUGAUUGGUGCUGAACAGCAGUGUCAAUUACACCCUGGGGCAAUUGCAGUUGAAAUGGAAGGAAUAGGUGAGAAUUACUCUCAGGGUUACUCUUGCUUGGCAUCUGUGAUCAUUGUGCAGGAAAUGGUUUUGCCAUAACAAGGAUUACAUGUAUUCAUUGUGUCCAGUGUGUUACGGUAUAAUUUAAAGGAUAAAAAGAACACAAUGCUCCUAUAAACUCAACAACUUUAUUAAACAGCAUGAAACAUUGAUAAAGAGUGACUCUUAAAGACAGCACAGUAGUGAUCCUUGAUAGACUUACUUAGGCCCAUUACAGACUAUGAGUUAGCUCACCACUGACACAAUCUCACAUGUGUUUCCAAACUUCCUUGAAGUGAACAAUCUUCCACAGAAGCUCUCUUUUUAUAUACAGCUUUCUAGACAUCUGAUCACUACUGACAACAGCAACAACUACUACUACAUCACUGAGUCCUUAUUUACAUUUAGAAAGUAUUCCAGAACAUUUUGGAAACUUACAACACAACUGUUUCUGUAGUAAUACAUCAUAACAAUGUGAUCUAAUAAAUUGUUCUAGAAAGUCCAAUGGUAUAUGCAUUUCAGUAUGACCAGGCAUUCUAGAAAUUUCUAGAAACUUGUUUUAACAGUCACUAUCCAUAACAAGUGCAAUAUAAUGUUACCAGGAUCACUCAUACAAAGCUGACCAAAGCCAAUUACAUAAAAUGUUCAAUUACAUGUAACUGAAGGUAAACUCCUUUUCCUCUUUUUCAUGUGCCUACUUUGGGCAUAUGUACUGAUUGGCACUAGUAAAUUAAGAUGGAAUCAUCGUUCAUAUCUUCAUAAUAUAACUUUCUGAUCUCGUCCAAGUGACCCAGUAACCAAGAAAUUACUAGAAAUAUGAUUGUACCCAGUCAUAUACGAAGGUGUACUGCGAGCAAGAAAUAAAUUAUGAGUAGUCCCAGAGGUUUUCAAACAUAGUGUGUAUUACACUGUAUCCCCAAAUUGAUGUUCUCAAGCUUUACCUCUGAGCUACAGGGUUAGAGAGGAUCAAGUUUCUGGUCACUACUUUGUAAGGCUAAGUUUCUGAAGGAGGAAAGAAAGUUAGCAAUUUUUUUGUAUGGGGAUUGGUCACCAUAAGCAUACAAUGAUAAUGAUUUUUACAGUAUACCCUCGACUUUGAUGUUCGUAAGCUUUACCUCUGAACUACAGGAAGAUCCGUUUGCUAAACUAUUAAGCCGGGAGGAGGGCAGGUACUUAACAACUUUUUGUAGGGGAGUGGUCAGCACAGGUGCAUAAUGGUAAUCUUUAUUGCACUGUACCCUCCAACUUGUCAUAUUUUCAAGCCUCACUUUUCAACCAUUCAAAGCUUCUGAUUGCUACACUAUUAACCAGGUUCUUGUUGGAGGUGAGGUACUCCAUACUUUGUGUUCGGGGAAACUCUUUCCUGAAUUCCAAAUCCUUAUUCUAUACUGCUUCUGACUAAAAAGGUACCCUGCCCUACUCAUUCAUACUCUCUAGAAAGAGUGGUGCUAAUUUGUAUACCAGCAGAAAAACACAACAUCUCUUAAAGUACUCCAAUAACAAAGAACAAACAAAACGAAUGAUCUGCAGAAAAACAGAGCCUCUUUUGCUCCAAUUAAUCGUAACUAUUUCCCAUAAUAUCACUGUUUAAAUUCAUUGCAAUAGUUAUUGCUUAUUUUUUUCAUUUUUCUACCUCAGGUCUUUUUGCAGCAGCUCAUGACAUAAAGAUGGAGUGGCUUGUUGUUAAAGGUGUUUGUGGUUUUGUACCUGGCAGUGCAACUAAAAACAAUUCAUGGAAGACUUUUGCUUGUGUUAUGGCAGCUUCUGUUGUAUCCAACCUGUUGAGUAACUCUUUUGUGUUUGGGGACUGGCAUAAUUACGGAGGUACGUGUACAUUUUUGUAACAGCUUUGAUUGUGUCUUCCAAGAGAUUUUGUAGCUUGCUUGUUUUCCUCGGUAUAGAAUAUUGUUAUCUACUGAUGAGAAAAUGGAGACCAACAGUGGAAUUAAAUAUGUAUCAAAAAACUGAAAAACAUACACAUUCUUUGUUUUUCAAUUGCAUUGCCUUAAAAGAGAACUUUUAAAAAGUGUGAGAUAUGAACAAAUUCACUUUGGUAGCUUUAAUUCCAAUUUUGAAGUCAUAAAUAACAUUCUAAAAUUCAAGAUUAGAGGGGCCCCCAGGUAAAAAUAUAAGGUGGGAUCCCGCCAAUCCCACCUGGGAUCCCAUGUGUGUCCCAGGUGGGAUCCCGCCUUUUUCAGGUGGGAUCCCGGGUGGGAUUAUGGAACAUCCCGCAUGGGAUCCCGGGUGGGAUUAUGGAACAUCCCGCAUGGGAUCCCACCUGGGAUUAUGGAACAUCCCGCAUGGGAUCCCGGGUGGGAUUAUGGAACAUCCCGGGUGGGAUUAUGGAACAUCCCGGGUGGGAUUAUGGAACAUCCCGGGUGGGAUUAUGGAACAUCCCGCAUGGGAUCCCACCUGGGAUUAUGGAACAUCCCGCAUGGGAUCCCACCUGGGAUUAUGGAACAUCCCACAUGGGAUCCCACCUGGGAUUAUGGAACAUCCCGCAUGGGAUCCCACAUGGGAUCCUGCCAAUUGAAGUUGGGAUCCCGCCUUAAAUUCCUAAUAGCAUCCCACCUGGGAAAGCACAUCCCAGGCAGGAUUAAACCUAGAAUCCCACCAAUCCGUCUUAGGAUCCUGCCUCAAAUUUCAGAUAGUUUCCCACCUGGGAAAUCAUAUCCCAGGCGGGAUUGCAUCUGGGAUCCUGCCAAUCCCAAAAUUACAGAUGGCUUCCCACUUUCAGAAAAAUCCUUUGAGGGAUCCUGUUUAUCACUGGAGACCACAGAUUUAUGAAAUGUACUGGAUAGGAUAUCUUAAAAUUAAGAGGAUAAAAUUUUCUAGGUGAGCUAUAGACCCCAUCAAUCCACUGAGGGUUCAAAACUUUCCAACUAGCUAUAGAACAUACUGACACCUCCAAUGGGAUCCCAUUGUCUUACCAAGCUAUUGAUCAUAAAUGAUUCAAACAGUACAUGAAUACACAGACUAUAUGUGAUAAAGAUCUCAUAAUUUAUUUGCAAUGAACCAGCAUGUGUUUGACUUGUUUCAUUAACAAAUUUCUUAACCGAACAUUCUUAAAGAAUAACAGCAAAACUCAGCAUAUUACUUUUUCUUCAUCAUUUAAGCAGACCAUCUACAGUGUAAUAAGGCUCAACGUUUAAAAAAAUUGGCUGUUGUGUAUCAAAGAAUAAAAGAAAGACAAAACCUCAAUAAUUCAUGUUAUCAAAAUUUUGACAAAGGUACUGAUUGAAAGUCUGCUCUCUCUUCAGUCGAAUUUUUCAAAGCAAAGCAAGGUCAGAAUGUUCCCAAAUGUGACUAAAGUAAUCUUGAAACCUUACUCAUAGAUUUAGUUCAUUGUAAAGUGUAAGCUUAGGAAACUGCAGUAUGCAAGCGACCAAUUCGAUUCUCAGAAUUAUUUGAGUUUCAGUUGCGCUGAGUGUUAGGUAAGAUUAAUUCAAGCCGUUAUUUCUAUUCUUUGAUAAGAUUUUGAUCACGUAACGAAUAUGGCAAUUUGUACUCACCACAAACUUCUAAAAAUCCUAGCUUUAAAUGGCCACUCGAUCGUUGUUUGAACCAGUCGAUAUGUCAACUGUUAAUUGUCCCUUCUUUUAAGUUCACGGCGCCAACGACUUUCUUUUCAUUUAAAACACUCACGCUGUUCUCGUUUUCCCAUUAAACCACAAUAAAACCAAUCUUUAGAAGUGUUAUAUUAGGCAAAACAGUUGGGAAAAGAAACAACUUGAAGCAAGAGCGGUUAACCGAUGAAAAGUACAUUCAAAGAUGAGCGCCAAAUAGAGUUUUCUUUGUUUCCGAUUACGGGCAUGAUCACGUGGACCUUUUACCAAAGAGAAUCCGCUGGCUUGACCCAUUGCAGUCUCAAGAGAAGCGCGCAACAUUAUUCUGUCUCUUCUGAUCGGUUCUCCUCUCUUAGAUGGUGGAUACCUUGGAUUCAUGUUUUGAUGAUGACAUAAAUAAUGAUGUGAAUUCACUCUAUGUAGAAAUAAUCGACAAGAAUCGAACAAGAAUGCACGAUUUGUGGCCGAAAGUUUUCGAGGAAAGAAAGACUCGAAACCCACUUGAGUUAUGUUCACGGCGAAGGUGAGAAACAACACAAGCCAAUAACAUUAGGAAGUAUAAGAGAUACCUAGAUGAUCACAGUGUACCAGUACCCAAAUCAACAAGGCUUGACCACAACAAGCGUUGAGCAACACGUUUCAACACAGUUAGCCAUCUCGAUUCCUCAGUCGGUCUUUCCAGUGAACUAGCAGUGGUGCCAACAGAGUCAAGUGCGUCUCAUAACGGAGAAAACAUUUGCACGAGAGACAGAAGCAACUACAUGCGAUUACAGAGGUGCAUUGGAAUUCUCGUCUGCAAAUGGUUAUGCACAGUCCGAAGCGUUACCGAGCUUGGAAAGGGGUGGAGAGAACGAAGAUACAAGGUUGUCAUUUUAUACUACAAGUACAAUUUUAUACCAGACCUACAAGGUAUAGAAAAAUUUUGUUGAUCUCUGACACAGAGAAGAACAACAAGUAAACUUUAGAGCUGUUAUUAUUGAACUGUGACUUGUACUUUUCAUUUGUAUGUAAAGAAGGAAUUGUAUUUUGCACCAAAAAUAUUAAAAAGAAAUUAAGUUAUGAAAAGAAACUCGGUUUGUACUUCUCACUACUAACAAGUCUUGUUUUAAAAAUAUUUUCAGAUCAGAGUUUCAAAUAAAGCAAAUUGAAGAAGUCAUUUAAAAGGUGUAUUUUCUCAAAGGGAACAGUGACCACCUCUGUCUUGUCUGCAUGCCAAAUAUUUGCGGAGUGUGUGGAUGAUCCAUAAGUAUUGGAACUCUCACAAAAACGUUUUGUAAGAAUAAAAACAGCAAAACAAUAUUUUUGUAGGUGGGAUAAAGAAUCCCAGGUGGGAUAUGUAAAUCCCAACCAGGAUCCCGGGUAGAAUGCAUAAGUCCCACCUAAGAUCCCGGGUGGGAUGCAGGAAUCCCGCAUUAAAUGCGGGAUCCCAGGUGGGAUCAAAUUUUCAUCCCAGGUGGGAAAGGUGGGAUCCCACCACCUAAGGCGGGAUCCCGCCAUUCCCACCUGGGAUCCUGGGUGGGAUUGCCGGGAUCCCGCCUAUAUCCCGCCUGACAUUUUACCUGGGGGGUUAAUAAGAAAUUACUCAAUUAUGUUGAGUAACUCUUGUGUGUUUGGAGACUGGCCUCAUUAUGGAGGUACGUGUUCAUUUUUGUAACAGCUUUGGUUGUGUCUUCCAAGAGAUCUUGUAACUCGUAUCAAGAAAAGUGGCUCAACAUUGUUAACAAUAGGCUUUGUUAUACAAGAGAAAAAUGAUCCUAACCCUAGCUAAAGCUGUUGAGAUAUUUCCAUAUUUGAAACUGUAAUCGUUUAGAUUAAUCAGAAUUUUGAUUCUACUAUGGAAUAAGAUAAAGAUGCAAAAGAAAUUGAAACUGAACUGUGCUCAACAGAUAUACUGUAUGUGGUAAUCUAUUCAUUGCUAACAAGCUCUCUGUUUGAUUAGUGUCGCCUUGAUAUCAUGUUCUCACAUUUCAAUGGUGAUAUAGGUAACAGGUAAAAGAACCUUGCUAUAGUAGGAUUAAAUUUGACUGUUACAAUUAGACAGAUAGUGAAUUGAAAAUUAAGGUUGAGGUGGAUGACUUGAAACCUGAAGAGCAGAAUAAGCAGACUGGCAUGCUGGCAACAGAGCAUGGGGAAAAAGUGAUAAAAAUAUUUUAUUAAGUUAUUAUGGGAAGUUGUUGUUCGAACAGUUAUAACAUUAAUGUGAUAAAUGUUCAAAGAAUUAUCCCAGUGCGAUAAUGUGGCAUCAAUAAAUUAACAUAAUUGUACACAGUUCCACUUAUGGGAACAAAACAUUUGAAGAGAGGCUGUGAAUGCUAAUCUCUCUGCAUUUUUCACCUUAAGGUACUUCACCCCUCACUGUAGUACCCACUACUGGCCAUGGAAGAGAACUAGAAGAAUCAAGGGGAAGGACAGGUGAACAGGAUGCUCAGUUUGAACUUAUUUUUCAAGUUAAUUUAAUUGAAAUAUGGUUCUUCCUGUUGGUUGAGUUUUUCUUUUUGUUAUUGGGAAGUAAAAAACCACUUUUAAGUCCAUUAAGUUGAUUUUAACUGGUAUCAAACCAUGUUGAAAUGAAUUAAAAAGUGUGGGGUUUACCACUUUCAGUUGUUUUUGUUGACUCAUUGAUGCCUAGCAUGGGCUCCAGUUUGGUUUCAGUUCCCCCUCACAUGCUCCAAUAAAAAGGAAACCAACAUGGCAAAUCACUGACUUGUUGUUUUGAUGUAUUGAUGUUGAAGAAGUGAAAGAAUUCAUAGGUGCAUAAAUUGGCCAGAAAAGCUGUAGGAGUGAAGCUAUUGGGAAAAGAAAGGAGAAAUGAAAAAAGAACCUGAAUGUGAUUUUAGUCAUCUUUUGAAAUAGAAAUUAAUGUGAUUAAUAACCAAGAAUGCUUCUGUCAGCAAUUAUGAAAAAUGAUACUGGUCAAUGCAAAUUAUUUCAAAGGUGUUUUUACCUCAUUCUCUUCUCUAGUUUAAGAAUAUCAAAGAAUGCUGUGAAGUGCUCUCAGACGUUAUUCAAUAACUUACACUAGCUCAGAGGUAGAUGGCCAACGCACACGCAAAACCUUUGCACGUUUUUCGCGUUCUGCGCCAAAAAAAAAGGGCGUGCUAAAGCGUGUGUCUUAAGAGAGUUUUUGCUAUUGUUAUUCAACGCAGUCAGCUUGUUUUGUUCUGCAUUGUUUCGGAAAACUAUGGUUUUCUGUCUCAAAAUGCUACCAGCGAAGCAUCAAAUCAAUAUGUGCAUAUCUCAAUAUCAAAAGGACGCAAGGGCUGCCGUUCGUAAGGGCCUUGCUUAGCUGCGCGAGCAGGGUGUAUUAAAAGCUGCAUUGCCAAGCAUGCGGCUCAGCGAAAAUACAGUAGAAUGGGAGGUAGCCAAACCCCAGAUAAAAAUUGGCAAAUUUUCCUCCAAUUCCAAUAUUUGUUAUUUUUACUUGAAAUUAAUUGCGAGUAUUGGGAAAACUUUGAGUUUGAAAUGUUUUCAAAUUUCGCUGGCAAACAUUAAAAGUGUGCGUCACAACUAGCUGUUUCUACAGACUCUGGUCUAAACUGACUAGUUGACCUAUGAGUGCGAUCGAACUAUCUCAAUUGUUUUAUAACUGUUAAUAGUUGUGUCUUUGAUCGUGCAAAUCACACCCGUUAGGAAAUGAAAAGUGCACGAAGACAAUUAGUCGUUUAUCCCACACAGAUAGCUUACCGUUGAUAAAAAGAAGCUUCAGUGAGAGGGUGAUUUAUCUUGUGAUGAAAAUCAAACAGUUCCACAGGGAUGGACCGUGAAGCCUGAGGUUCCUUGUUAAAAGAGAAUAAAUAUUUCAUUUUUACAUGCUCAAAUCCCUCUGAAGUUAUAGAGGUGAGCGCGCAAAACCGAAAUAGAUUCACUGCGGAGUAAACUGCCAAUUGGUUUUCCAUAUCAGUUCAUGAAAAGUUGAUUUUCGCGCACAGAUAGCUUACCGAUUAAAGAAAGAAACUUAGGCUCUACUGGUAUGAAUCUUGUUAUGAAAAUCCAUCUUACCGGAUGGUUGGACACAGAGGCCUGACGUUCCCUGUUACAAAAUAAUGUUAUUUUUUCAUGUUCAAUUCCAUCCUUAGUUAUAAAAGUGACACGUACAAAACCGAAAUUCAUUCUCUUGAGUUGGAACACUCGAAUCUUCUGAGUAAAUGCUGAUUCGCUCUCCAUAUCUCCCUCUCAUUAAUUCUCCCUUAGUAUUAGAUUUCCGCAUUGAAUUUUCGGCAGUCGCAUGAAGACUGAGCAGUUUAACUCUCACAAUCUUCUGCAUUGCUGUGAAAAAAGAACUUUCAAAAAGUCUGAGAUAUGAACAAAUUCACUUUGGUAGCUUUAAUUCCAAUUUUGAAGUCAUGGAUAAGAUUCUAAAAUUCCAGAUUAGAGAGAGUUUAUCCCCCUGCCCUCCUAAUUAUUGUUUUCGUGUCCAGACUCUUGUGCGUAGUAAGAUGAACCCAAAUUUUCUUUGUUUACCUUUCUACGAAAUACCCAACUGCUACUGAGCGGUUUAAAACUUUGUUGAGAUCUAAAUCUUAGCUUUUAUUCCGUUCUAAUGAAUUUCAAUUCUUGAAGUCCAUCAAUUUUCUCUUCUCUCUUUUAGAGACGAGAUUUUCAUCUUCAAUCAGCACUUAUUUCGACUCCUGCUUGUUACCCAUUUCACAAAUUUAGUAAGGCAUAUUUUAAUGCUCAUUACAGUUUGACUUUCCUUUCCCUUUUGCAGACAUUUCAGCUGAAGAGGAGAGUUGUAAAAGUGAUGAUCCUUCAGAAAAUAAACGUACAAGGCUAGCAGGUAUUAUAAUUAUCAAAUGAAGAAAUUUCAUAGUAAGCUUUCGUUUUAAUAACUUAUACUAUACUUAAAGUGGUGGAGUGUCCGAGCGCGGAAUCUGGAUGUGUUAGGUUCUAUUCCUGGUGAGGACUCAAAAUUGUUCCUUUGUCUCACGCUCGUGACAGGACAGUCAAAAUUCUUCUCUUUCCUUUUCUUCUACCAACUUGUUAUUAUUGUUCAAGAAAUAGUACUCCGCAAAAUUUUACGAAAUUAAAAUUCAUGAAGUUUUUUGUUGUUACUUUGGCCGCUUCGUUUCCCAACAUUAUUGAUCCAUGAUGAAAUCAAUGCUAGAAAUUUAAUCUUCCCUGCAAUUUAAGAAGAGCUACCGAGAAAGGUAAAACUUGAUGAACUGAGUGUGGGUUUGUUUUUGAAGGGGGGAAGGGAGAGAGCGCGGCGGCAGGGGUUAAUUACCUUAAUGCUUUCAUGCCAAGGAAACUGAACUUGAGUUUGUUUGGUUUUACAAAUUUGGCAUCGUAUGCAUAUUUAUUCUUUCAAUAAAAGUUAAUACCUGUUUUUUUUUCUUAAAUAUUUCUUGAAACCGUUGAAUGUUUGAUAGCAUUUUUCCCUCUGGGAAGAAGACCACCGACCCCCCAAUAAUACACCUAGAAACUCCUGCCUUAACCCCCCUUCCCUCCCCCCCAGCCCAACCCCCAUUUUAUUAACCACACCCAACCCACAUUUCCUAAUCGGUCCAACGAAGGUCUAACACUCGAAGCAUCAGCUUCAGAAUCUCUCUACAGAGGCCAAUUUACGUUAUCAACUCAGUUAAUGAAACCAAAUUAUCAUUGCUAACUGAACAUUUGAUUCACAUUUCAUAAUACUAGUAAGAGUAAUCCUAUAACAAACUCCUGUCAGAAAUGGAUGCUAACCCUUAUGAACUUGCAAGUUAUGUUGGAGCAAAUUUGUCGUUUUAUACAUGAAACCUUGUUUGUUAAAGUGCCAUGAGUUGUCUCUGUAACACAUGAUCCCUUCGCUGAGUGCGCUAUCAUCAAUCAAAGGAAACUGCUGAGAAAAUGAUGAACGUUGUAUAUCUCAAAGUUAUUGAAUGAAACUGGUCAAUACUUUAUGUUUCGUUGGGGCAAAUUCGAGUUGGGAAGAGGUUUAGUCUCCAUGCACACUAAUGGAAGACCCAAAGAGAAAUGUUCCCUUUAAUGUAGCGAAGAGAACAUUUAUCAAGCUGUUUGCUUUUGCUUUCAUUUCGGCCAUCUUUGCCUAAAUUCUCAGACACCAUGCUUUUUGGCCACUGUAUCUUUUAUAUACGUUGUUGACAGUGCCUCGAAACUGGAAAAGUGUCGCUUUACUUUUGGGUAACCAAAUCAAAGCGAAGGAAGAUCAUUUGAUGCGUAUAUAUUUUGAUGUAGUUUUCUGGUGGCACAAAAUUUACUCUCUACACAACUGCCAACUGUAAGCGUAAGGUUCGUUCGCGUAUGUGGACGUGCAUUUUUUGUGUAACAUGAUGCACAGUAGUGAUGCAUAAUGCAAUGGCACAAAUUGGCCUUGAAACAAAUUCAUUAGGAGACGUUUCAUUAGGAAAGGAAAAAAGCUCCAUUGCUACAGUGAAUCUGUUGGCUCAAAUAAUAUGUUCUGAUCUAAUUAUUUUGUUUUACAUUUGUUAUCAUGCAGGUGGUUCUCCUAAACAUUUUCAUCGGUCAAAGGUGAAACGCCGUGAUGAAGAGUCGUCCCCGGGGGACGCCUUAACUCGGAAGAAAAGAAAAACUCGUUUAGCAGGUAAAAUGAGGACAUAUCUAUGGGCGUGCCCGUUAACCCCCCACCCCCCAACCCCAUCUUCCUUUUCCCUGAUUUUGUAAAAUAAAAAUGUGUGGAUCCAGCAAAAUGGCAUGAAUAGAUGCGGUACGUACUACCCGCUAUCCUUUCAUCUUGAUUCUAUGCUGUGAUGUCUUUAUGUGUUUAGUCAGGCAAGGAAUUCUCAGCGACGAAGAUUUAGAGUGGCUUUUCAUCAGGAAAAAGCUCCAUUGCUACAAUGAAUCUGUGGGUUAAAAAAUAAUAUGUUCUGAUCUAAUUUUUUUUUUAAUUUGUUAUCAUGCAGGUGGUUCUACAAAGGUGAAACGCCGUGAUGAAGAGUCAUCUCCGAGUGACGCCUUAACUCCGAAGAAAAGAAAAACUGGUCUGGCAGGUAAAAUGAGGACAUAUCUAUAGGCGUGCCCGUUAACCCCCAACCCCCAACCCCUAAACUUCAUCUUCCUUUGCCCUGAUUUUGUAAAAUUAAAAUGUGUGGAUCUAGCAAAAUGGCAUGAAUAGAUGCGGUACGUACUACCCGCUAUUCUCUCAUCUUGAUGCUUUGCUGUGAUGUCUCUACGUUUUUAGUUAAGCAAGGAGUUCCCAGCUACGAAGAUUUAGAGUGGCUUUACCCAAGUUGCUCAUUGUAUGAAAAAGAGUUUUUAGAGCUUUUCGCUCGAUUGCAAACUAGAGAUAUAAAUGGUAUGCCACCAAAUCCGUUUACUUGGCGAUGACAGUUUUUCUAACUGGUUGAAAAAAAAAAGCACAAGAUAUCUUCCGUCCGCGUAUGUGGGCAUGGAUUUUUUGUGUAAAACGAUGCACAGUAGGGAUGCGUAAUGGAAUGGCACAAAUUGGCCUUGAAACAAAUUCAUCAGGACAUGUUUAUUAGAAAAGGAAAAAGCUCCAUUGCUACAAUGAAUCUGUUGGCUCAAAUAAUAUGUUCUGAUCUAAUUAUUUUUUUACAUUUGUUAUCAUGCAGGUGGUUCUACUAAACAUUUUCGUUGGCCAAAGGUGAAACGCCGUGAAGAAGAGUCGUCUCCAAGUGACACCUUAACCCCGAAGAAACAAAAAACUCGUUUAGCAGGUAAAGUGAGGACAUAUCUAUGGGCGUGCCCGCUACACCACCGCCCCCACCCCCAUCUUCCCUUUCCCUGCUUUUGUAAAAUAAACAUGCGAGGAUCCAGCAAAAUGGCACGAAUUGAUGCGGUACGUACUACCCGCUAUCCUCUCAUCUUGAUGCUUUGCUGUGAUGUCUUUCUUUUUUUAGUCAAGCGAGGAGUUCCCUGCGACGAAGAUUUCGAGUGUCUUUACUCAAGUUGCUUAUUGAAUGGAAAAACGUUUUUUAGAGCUUUUCUCUCGAUUGCAAACAAGAGGUAUAAAUGGUGUGUCACGAAAUCCGUUUACGUGGCGAUGACAGUUUUUCUUACCGGCGGAAAAAAAAAACAAAAACAAAAAAAACAAGAUAUCUUCUGUUCGUGUAUGUGGGCGUGGAAUUUUCGAGUAAAACGAUACAUUAUCGGUAUACAUAAUGCAAUGGCACAAAUUGGCCUUGAAACAAAUUCAUAGGGAGACGUUUCAUUAGAAAUGGAAUAAGCUCAAUUGCUACAAUGAAUCUGUUGGCUGCAAUAAUAUGUUCUUCUCUAAUGUUUAAACAUUUGUUAUCAUGCAGGUGGUUCUACUAAACAUUUGCAUCGGUCAAAGGCGGAACGCCGUAAUGAAGAGUCGUCUCCGAGUGACACCUUCACUCCGAAGGAUAAAAAAACUCGUUUAGCAGGUAAAAUGGGGACAUAUCUAUGGGCGUGCCCGUUAACCCCCACCCCCAACCCCAUCUUCCUUUCCCUGCUUUUGUAAAAUAAAAAUGCGUGGAUCCAGCAAAAUGGCAUGAAUUAAUGUUCUGAAUGUUUUUAGUCAAGCAAGGGGUUCCCAGCGACGAAGAUUUAGAGUGGCUUUACCCAAGUUGCUUACUGCAUGAAGAGUUUUUUAGAGCUUUUCGCUCGAUUGCAAACUAGAGAUAUAAGUGAUAUGCCACCAAAUCCGUUUACGUGGCGAUGACAGUUUUUCUUACUGGCUGAAAAAAAAUAAGCACAAGAUAUCUUCUGUUCGCAUAUGUGGGCGUGGAUUUUUCGUGUAAAACGAUGCACAGUAGGGAUGCGUAAUGGAAUGGCACAAAUUGGCCUUGAAACAAAUUAAUCAGGAGACGUUUUAUUAGAAAAGGAAAAAGCUCCAUUGCUGCAAUGAAUCUAUUGGCUCAAAAAAUAUGUUCUUGUCUGAUGAUUUUUUAACAUUUGUUACCAUGCAGGUAGUUCUACCAAACAUUUUCGUCGGUCAAAGGUGAAAAGCCGUGAUGAAGCGUCGUCCCCAAGUGACACCUUAACUCCGAAGAAAAGAAAAACUCGUUUAGCAGGUAAAUUGAGGACAUAUCUAUGGACGUGCCCGUUUACCUUCACCCCCCAAACCCCAUCUUCCAUCUUCCCUCUCCCUGCUUUUGUAAAAUAAAAAUGUGUGGAUCCGGCAAAAUGGCAUGAAUAGAUGCGGUACGUACUACCCGCAAUCAUGCCAUCUUGAUGCUUUGCUGUGAUGUCUUUAUGUUUUUUGCCAAGCAAGGAGUUCCCAGCGACGAAGAUUUAGAGUGGUUUCUCAUCAGAAAAAAGCUUCAUUGCUACAAUGAAUCUGUGGGCUCAAAUAAUAUGUUCUGAUCUAGUUAUUGUUUUUUACAUUUGUUAUUAUGCAGGUGGUUCUACUAAACAUUUGCGUUCGCCAAAGGUGAAACGCCGUGAUGAAGAGUCGUCUCCAAGUGACGCCUUAACUCCGAAGAAAAGAAAAACUCGUUUAGCAGGUAAAAUGAGAACACAUUUAUGGGUGUGGCCGUUAAUCCUCACCACCACCCACAACCCCUAACCUCAUCUUCUUUAACCCUUUUUGGUUUUUGAAAAUAAAAAUGUGUGGAUCCAGCAAAAUGGCAUGAAUAGAUGCGGUACGUACUACCCGCUAUUCUCUCAUCUUGAUGUUUUGCUGUGAUGCCUUUAUUUUUGUGGUGAAGCAAGGAGUUCACAGCGAUGAAGAUUUAGAGUGGCUUUACCCAAGUUGCUCAUUGUAUGAAAAAGAGUUUUUUAGAGCUUUUCGCUCGAUUGCAAACUAGAGAUAUAAAUAAUAUGUCACAAAAUCCGUUUACGUGGCAAUGAAAGUUUUUCUUACUGGCUGAAAAAAUAAGGAACAAGAUAUCUUCUGUUCGCGUAUGUGGGCGUGGAUUUUUUUGUUAUAAUGCAGGUGGUUCUACUAAACAUUCGCGUCGGUCAAAGGUGAAACGCCGUGAUGGUAAGAGGUAAAAUGAGGACAUCGAUGAGCAUGCCCGUUAGCCCCCACCCUCCAGCCCCAUCUUCCUUCCCCCUGCCUUUGUAAAAUAAAAAUGCGUGGAUCCAGCAAAAUGGCAUGAAUAGCUGCGAUACGUAAUACUCGCUAUCCCCUCAUCUUGACGCUUUGCUGUGAUGUCUUUAUGUUUUUAGUUAAGCAAGGAGUUCCCAGCGACGAAGAGUUAGAUUGGCUUUCGCAGAAACUCGAAAAUUGGAAGGUAGUCGGGCGUCGUCUAAAAAUUGACACACCAACAUUAACGGCGUUUGAUAUGGAAAAUAAGGGAUGGUUUGAAAAAAGUUACAGAAUGUUACUACAUUGGAAAGAGAGGAAUGGCUCAACUGCAACAUACACGAUCCUACAUGAUGCACUGUGUCAUCCAUUGGUUAAACGCACAGAUUUAGCUGAGCAACUUAUGACUGGUAAUAUACCACUUAUCUUGAAAUUCAAUAAAUAUAUACAAUUACAUACAAGAAUAGUGCCUAAAUUCUCAGACACUAUACUUUCUGGCUACUGUAUCUUCUGCGUUCGUGGUUGACAGUACCUCGCAACAGGAAAGUGUCGCUUCAUUUGUGGGUAACCAAAUCAAAGCGAAGGAAGACCAUUUGAUGCGUUUGUAUGGUAUAGAAUAUCGUUAUCUGCUGAUGAGAACAUGAAGACCAACAGGUGAAAUAAAUGUAUAUCAGAAAAAUGAAAAACAUACGCAUUCUUUGUUUUUCAAUCGCAUUGCUGUGAAAAAGAACUUUCAAAAAGUCUGAGAUAGGAACAAAUUCACUUUGGUAGCUUUAAUUCCAAUUUUGAAGUCAUGGAUAACGUUCUCAAAUUCCAGAUUAGAGAGGGUUAAUAAGAAAUUACUCACUUCUGCAUCUUCAUUGUGUUUAACGAGUCUUAAAUCUAUUUUCUUUGUACUAGAUUGUAGGUAUUACAAAUCGCUGAUUAAGCACGGUUACUACCCCCUUCCCCUGCCCUCAUAACUAUUGUUUUCGUGUCCAGACUCUUGUGCGCAGUAAGAUGAACCCAAGUUUACCUUUCUACGAAAUACCUUACCAUUACUGACCGGUUUAAAACUUUGUUGAGAUCUAAAUGUUAGCUUUUAUCCGUUCCAAUGAAUUUCAAUUUUUGAUUUCCAUCAAUUUUCUCUUCUCUCUUUUAAACUGUGAUCAGGCUCACAUGAGAUUUUCAUCUCCAAUCAGCACUUAUUUCGACUCCUGCUUGUCACCCAUUUCACAAAUGUAGUGAAGUGUGUUUUAAUGCUCAUUACAUUUUGACUUUCUUUUCCCUUUUGCAGACAUUUCAACAAAAGAGGAGAGUUGUAAAAGUGAUGAUCCUUCAGAAAAUAAACGUAGAAGGCUUGCAGGUAUUGUAAUUAUCAAGCAAGAAAUUUCAUAUUAAGCUUACGUUUUAAUAACUCAUAUUAUACUUAUAGUAAUAGAGUGUCUGAGCGCGGACUCCAAAGGUCGGAGGUUCUAUCCUUGGGGAGGACUUAAUUUUUUUUGUCCAACACUCGUGGCAAGACGAUAAAAGAUAUUUCCUUAUUCUUUUAUUAUAACAAUUUAUUAUUCUUGUCCUGGUUUACUUCAGCUGCUUCAAUGCCGAAAAUUAGUGAUGGAUCAUAAAAUGAAAAUAAUAUAUUGUUUUGGAGCUUCUCCCCUCGCAUUUAAAUCGGACUUUGCACUCGCCCCAACCUUUCCUCCAUUUGACUGAAAAGCGCCAAAAACUUGCGUCUGUUCUGCAGGCAAGAGUUCGUGUGGUUUUGGAAACUUGGCGUUGUAUGCUUACUCAUCCCAGCAAUAAAAGUUCAUGUUUCUUUUCUAUAUUUUUCAGAACCGUUGAAUGUUGAGAAGUGCCAAGAGAAGCUAAAAUCUUAUUAUGACACCUUUAGUAAGGUGAAAAUCGUUCCAUGGGACGAAAGCUCUUCCAUUGAGAUUAAUAAGAUCUACACACCUUUAAAUUGGGUGAGAGAUCACAGGAAGCCCAGCGGAGUGACAUAA